AUGCUCCUUCCCCUACUACAAACCACCUCUAACGUAUCAACGAUUGUCUGUGCUCUCGGGCAAUGUUUACAGGGCUACUCGAACACAUCCAUUGGAGUGACACUAUCAAGCCCUGGCUCACAAUCGGCCCUCCUUCUCCCUGGACAAUACACGACAACAACCAACCCACAGUUUCUCCAUAACCUCUUAACAUCAUCCUCUGUCAACCUCACUUCUUCUCCCGGGUUCAAAAACUCGACGUUGGCGACGGGACUACCACUGAAUGUCGUACAAGAACCUGGACUCGCAAUAUAUGCUGAGCCCAUAUUUGGUGGACAAGCGGCGUUUUCGAGCAUCCCUUCUUCGCCCGUUAACAACAGGUCAACACCAUUGACCUCACGCUCCCUCUCUCUGUCUUCCAGCGUUUGGAUUGCGGUCAAUUCCCCCGCUGGGGGAAACAACCGCGUUAUCAUUUGGGAUUCUAUACCCGACACAGCCCAACUCCCCACAAGUGGCCCGCCAAUCGGUUCCCUGACGCUGUUCGACAUUGAGUCGGCCGCAUGCAAUCCGUCUUGCUCGUCGGCUGGAAUUUGCUCGUCCACCGGCACGUGUACCUGCUCCCCUGGUUUCACCGGCCCAUCUUGUGAGACCUGCGCGCCCGGCUUCUUUGGCCCGAAUUGCAAGGCAUGCCCCAGCGGGUGUGCUAAAUGCGACGACGGUCCGGCGGGCACUGGGCGCUGUCUAGUCUCCCAGACUGCGAGUUCAUGCAACUGCGUGAAUGGUGUUUGUGGGGCAAACGGCAGUUGCACUUGUACCACGGGCUUCACGACAGCUGCCAAUGGGACCGCCUGUAGCAAAUGCGCCACAGGAUUCUUCCUCGACUCGAAAGGCGACUGCUCUGUCUGCCAGAUUGGAUGUUCAGCCUGUGCGGAUGGGUCGGGGGAGUGUACCACCUGCAAGAACGGAUUCACACAAGACGCCAACGAUAAGACCAAAUGCAAUGCUCUUCCGGAGGUUAACUCCGCUGGUACCACAUGUCCGCCUGGCUCGUUUGCAGAUGGACAAAAUUGCUCGCCAUGUUCGCCAUCUUGCAAGACCUGCACCGGCGGGACUUCAAACGACUGCGUAUUGUGCGCUAGUGGGACAUUUACCCUCAACAACACCUGUGUGUCCGCUGACACGAACGGAGUUUGUCAAGGCACAUCGCUGAUCGCGAAUAACAAUAAGGCUGAAUGCGACAGUUGUGGGUCCAAGUGCACGUCUUGCAAGAUCCCUAACUUCAACUCGGCUUCCACCGUCAACCAGCUCCAAUGUACUGGCUGCAUCACUGGCUUUGUCUUGUCCAAUGGCACCUGCGUCCCCGAAUGCCCUGCAGGAACGUUUCUUUCGCCGCAAGAUAAUUUGACAUGUACCGCUUGUGACUCAUCUUGCGCAACAUGUAGUGGCUCUUCAAACUUCUGCCUCUCCUGUGGCUCCAACCAACUGGCUUCGGAUGGCAAAUGUGUUGCCUCGUGCCCAUCCAACACUUUUUCCGCGUCUGGAUCAUGUAUUUCGUGUCAUUCAGACUGUGCGACUUGCUCAGGUAGUGCAUUCAACCAAUGCGCGUCAUGCCCCCCCUCUCGUCCUGUCCUCGCCAAUGGCCGCUGUCUCCCGACCUGCAGCAAGAACGCCUUUUUCGACGCGACUUCUGGCAGCCAGUGUCUUGCUUGUGCAAGCAACAAGCAGGUUCUGCGAGCAGGGACUUGUGCUGCCGCUUCCUGUGACCAGGUCGUGCCGGGUCUCGGCGCCUGUUUAUCGGAAUUUGUCACGACCACUUCCGGCUCGCUGGCACCCUUCCCCAGCGUCACGGGUAUAAACACUCCGACUCUUGGCAAUGGCGGUCGCCGAAGACUGGAAUGGUGGGAAAUACUCCUGAUGACCCUUGGUUGCGCGUUCAUCUUCAUCGUCGUUCUGUGGCUGUGUCGGAGACGGCGCGCAAGAAAACAGGCAACUGCCCAACGGCGCACUUUCCAACUCCAAGCCGUGCGACCUGACCACCAAGGCGGCUGGCGCUGGAAACUCCUGCGGUUUGGGGAGAAGCUGUUUGGACAUCGGCGGAGCCACCGCGUUGUUCCGAUGGACAUUUCUCGCCCGAUGGAUCUUGAGCUCGGCGGACUGAAGACGCAGCCACGGCCCCAGCCACGACCGCAGCGCCGCGAGAAGCGUGGGCGGGAAGACUACCAGCAGCGGCAGCAUCUACUGGAGAGCACGACCUCCCGGUCGUUGAGCGACCAUUCGGCGCCGUCGAUAUACUCGCAGAUGACGGGUGUCCCGCCGAGGAUGCCGGAGCCCCGGCAGCCUGUGCGGCAUGUCCCGGAGGUACCGGCUGAUGUGCGCCUGUCCUCGAGCACGAUUGCGACGUAUUAUAUGACGACAGCGCCAGUGGCCCCGCGGGCUGGUCGUGACCGACAACACAUUGAACGAUUUUAG